ACUAAUUUGUGUUUUUCUUUUGUAUCAGGGGCUGGACAGAGAUCGCGAGGGGCUGAUGAAGAUGAAAAAGGUGGUGAAGGGGAUGCAUUCAACAGGCCAAGGUUAUGUGGGGUCUGAGGUGGACAUGAGUGAUGCCCUGAGGAAGCUUGGUGACACAGGUGGACGGCCAGAGGACAAGGCACUGAGUGAAGCCUUCCACAAGUUUGCUGUAGUUAUCCGGGAGCAUUCACAGCUACUUCAACAGCUGAUCACAAACCAACGGAACAACUUACUGCAUCCACUGGACAGUGUGCUGAAGGGUGACCUGAAAGGUGUCAAGGGUGACCUUAAACAGCCGUUUGAGAAGGCUGCCAAAGUUUAUGAUGCUAAAUUUACAAAGAUUGAGAAGGAAGUAAAACAGCAAGCCAAGGAAGCGGGGUUCUUCAGAUUAGAAGUAAAUGCUUCGGAGAUUGCUGAAGAAAUGAGCAAAGAGCGUAAAAUGUUUCAGCUUCAGAUGUGCGAUUACUUGAUAAAAGUGAAUGAAAUCAAGACUAAAAAGGGAGUAGAAUUUCUACAAAAGCUUGUGGAGUAUUAUCAUGCAUAUUGCAAGUACUUUGAGGAAGGCAUGAAGACAUGGGCCCACUUUGGAUCUUAUGUCAGCGAGCUGAGUGAGAAGCUGCGUGAUGUGAGACACAGACAGGAAGAAGAGCGACGUCAUUUGUUAGCCACCAGAAAACUGAUAAGCAAUUCUCUUUCCGCUGAAGUAAGACCAGAGGGUGGAGUAGCACCACCUGUGUAUCAUCUUCACCGAGCACAAGGCAACAUGAUCCAUGGCACAACCAAGAGUGGCUAUCUCUAUAAGAAGUCUGAAGGCAAAAUGCGUAAAGUAUGGCAGAAGAGGAAGUGUGAAGUACGCGACAGUGUUCUUUGUAUACGUCACUCAGAUGAAACUAAGCCCCCAGUCACAGUUCCAUUGCUUACGUGCCAGGUUAAAGCCAGCAUGGAUGACCACAAGUGUUUUGAUCUUGUAUCUUUUAAUCGAACAUACCACCUCAUGGGGGAGGAUGAAAUGGAAGCUGCAGCGUGGAUGUCUGUCCUUCUCAACAGUAAAGAAGGUGCUUUACAAAAAGCGUUGUGUGAUGAUACUCCUGGGCCUUCCCCUGCUGAUUCUGGCUUCCGAGAAUUACAGCAGAGGAUCAUCUCAUAUGUACGAGGCUUACCUGGCAACAAUCUCUGUUGUGACUGUGGUGGUACUAAUGAUGUAACUUGGCUGUCAACCAACUAUGGUGUCAUGGUGUGCAUUGAGUGUUCAGGGAUCCACCGAGAUCUUGGAGUUCACAUUUCCAGAAUACAAAGUUUAACUUUGGACAAGGUGGGAACUGCACAGUUGCUUCUGGCCCGACACAUGACCAACAAGUCCUUCAAUGAGGUAACAGAGGCUACUUCACCAAGAAAGCCUGAACCCACCAGUACAAUUGACUCACGAGAAGACUGGCUAAGAAGGUGGGAUGAAAGGAGAGAAUUCAUUCAGUCAAAGUAUGUUCGAAGGGCUUUCGUUCAACCAACAGCAGCAGCACCAGAAGAACUCCAGAUCCAGCUGCGUGAAGUCAUUAAUAAUAAUGAUCUAUAUGGACUGCUUCGUGUCUACUUCCAGGGUGGAGAUUUAGGGCUACCGUUAACACCUCUUGGAGAAUGUGCACUUCAUGUAGCAAUCUAUCAAGAGAAUGGUGCCUCACUUCCACUGGUGGACUUCUUGGUUCAAAACAGUCACUCACUGGACCGCCAGACCCUGGAGGGCAACACACCUCUGCACUAUUGUGUCAUCUCCAACAAGCCAGAGUGCAUGAGGUUAUUGCUCAGAGUGGGUGCCAACCCCAGCAUAGACAAUAACAAUGGCAAGACUCCUUUGGACAUUGCAAAUGAACGAAAUUGCAGGCUCUUGGAAGAUAUGCUGAGUCAAGCACAGCAACAAAAGAAGUCCAUGUUUGAGAAUGUGGAGUAUGAAUGGAACCUCUCUGAUGAUAACCUGACUGAUAUGUCAGAUGAUGAUGAAAUUUUCAAGCCAAAUGGCAUUUCUACGCCUGAGAAAGUAGGCAGAAGUCGUCCUGUCAGCUUACCAGGAUCUAGCUCACCAGUGUGCCAGCGCAGUGCUGAACACCACAGCUCAACUGAUGAACGAGGUUUGGGAGAAUACCGAGGCAGUGAACAUCGCAGUUCUUCUACACGUUGGCCUAGAGGCCAGCCGCCUCCUCCCCCACCAGUAACGAGCAAACCUGCUUUGCCACUUCGUAAUAUGACAGAGAAGAGACCAGCACCUAAACCCCCUGCUGGUGUUUCCCACAACACUUCCUUCUACCUCCCACAUUAUUCGAGUCAUUCCCGCACGCCUUCUGACCCCAUGCUGGGACCCCCAGCCUACCACCCAAGUCUGGCACACAACAACAACAAUGGUGGUGGUGGGGGUGGUAGCCUUGGAGGGAUGGGCCACAAGAGGAGCCCAUCAACAGAUUCUAGUAAUAGUGUGUUCUACCCUCAACCUUCUUCUUCUUCCAACAACACCACUACUUCUUCUGGGACUACACGCUUCUCUCUCACACAUAACUUGCCCCCUGAGGCUACGUCAGGUAGUACAAGUGAUGGAAGACCUCUGGACACUGACACUUCACCAUCAUCGUCUCCCCAAGAAUCUCCCAACACCUUCAUUAAUGGCCGAUCAACUGAGUCUCUGUCUUCUCUGGUGUCUGAUGAUCCUCGGCCACCUCCUAGAAGGAGAAUGGGAUCAGUUCGUCAGCGAAGAUGCCAAGCAUUAUAUGACUGUGAUGCUGACUUGGAUGACGAAUUGAGUUUCACCGAGGGGGAAAUAAUUAUUGUACUGAAAGCAGAGACAGAAGAUGGGGACUGGAUGGAGGGAAUGAUUGAAGGACAUCCAGAACGUCGAGGCAAAAUCCCAAUAAAUUUUGUCCACAUGUUAUCUGACUAACAGGAAGCUCAAGACUUAGUAUAACAAAAAAGUAGCUGGCUCAAUUUAUAGACCAACUUGUGAGUAAUAUGAUAAUAAAACAUCUUUUAAUAUCAUUUACAGUGCAUCCAGUUGCUGCUGCUGUAAACAGUGUUUUCUUUUACUAGUGUUCAAUUGAUACAAUCAUAUGUUUAUCAGCAUGAUAAUCUUCAUGUGUUUCAUGGAGCUGAUGUUGAUAUCACCAGUUAAUUCAUGACUAUCCAGUUGAAUCAUCGUAUGUUAUUUUAGAUACAUUAAAUUUUUGUAUUAUUGAAAGUCAUAUACAGUACAGUAAAUGGAAAAUCAAGAUUACCACUUAAUUUAUUAAGUGAUGAAGAGCAAUUGGGUGGAAUGUAUAUGAUACUACAGAUUGCCUCUUAAAGUGGAAUGAUUAGUCAAACUAAGUUCCUCAUUAGGGUGGAGUUGAUCAGGACUCAUAUGGAAUUCAAUUACAUUAUUAACCUGACCUGACUCAACCCAUUCCACCUUCAGAUAUCCCAAGUUGUCAGUUUAGUCAGAUGGUGGAAAUACAAAACAACUAUUUAAAAAGCAAACUUAAAUAAAGGUAUAUUCAUAGGUAGAGCUCAUGGAGAAGUGUAUCUCCCAUGAAAAAGCUUAACACUGUAUCUAAAUAGGGUCAAAUUAAAAAAAAAAAAUAAUAAUA